AUGGCGUCCACGCCUUACACCGCCGAGCCAGACUCGUUCCACAUCCCCGCCCCCUCCCCGUCCCUCGGUCACGACAGCUUCACCACCGCUGAGGGCCUCGCCGCCGACACUUCCACCUCCACCGCCGGUGCAUCGGGCAUUGAUGGUGUGCGCCGCCGUGCCCCCGCCGCACGCGGCGUGACCAUUGAGCAAGGAGCGUCUGGCGACGGUGUCGUGGCCGCUGCGUCGCGUCGUAACACCGACCGCUCAAAUCGGUCCCGCUCCAAGCACUCUGUCGACCCCAACGCGCCCCUCCUCAAGCGUAUGACUACCGGUCUCUUCACCCCCGAGAAGCCUGUGGGCAAGGCCCCCGGCUGGCUGUCGAGUAUCAGGACUGUGUUCUUCAACUCGUGGUUUAACAUUCUCCUCGUCUUCAUCCCCGUGGGCUGGGCCCUGCACUUUGUCAAGGCCAACGGCAACUCCUCGAUCUCGGACACUGUCGUGUUCAUCAUGACGUUCAUUUCCAUCAUGCCUCUUGCGGGCCUCCUUGGCUUCGCUACCGAGGAAAUCUCGAUGCGUGUCGGCCAGACCAUUGGUGGUCUCAUCAACGCCACCCUCGGCAACGUCGUCGAGCUGAUUGUCGCCAUUAUUGCCCUUGUCAAGUGUGAGAUUGCCGUUGUGCAGUCUUCGCUUAUUGGCUCGAUUCUUUCCAACCUCCUUCUCGUUCUCGGCUGCUGCUUCAUUGCUGGCGGUUUCAAGUUUUCCGAGCAGACCAUGAAGUCGACCGCUGCUCAGCUCAACUCGUCGCUCCUGCUCAUCUCGGUCGUUGCCGUCCUCAUUCCCUCUGCCUUCCACUUUGCUAUCGGCAGCGACAACACUUCCAAGGACCUUACUGAGGCCGAGGAAGCCCGUGACCUUUUGUCGAUGAGCCACGGUGUCGCCGUCAUUCUCCUCUUCCUCUACCUGUGCUUCCUCGUCUUCCAGAUGUGGUCGCACGCCCACCUUUACGAUGACGACGACGUGUCCACUUCGGUCCGCUACAGCGACAACAUUCGCAACAUGCCCAGCCGUGUCAAGGACAACGUCAGGGACAAGGUCCGUAACAUUCGCCACCGCAACGACAGCGUGGACGAGGAGAGCGCCGUCGAGUCAAACGCCGAGCCCAAGGACCUUGUUGCCGACGGCGAAAACGUUUCCAACAACCAGUCGAACAACGGCGAGGAAGAGGAAGAGGAGGAAGAGGAGGUUCCCCAGCUCAACUUGCCCGUCACCAUCAUUACCCUCGUCGUUGUUGCCGUUCUCGUUGGUGUCACGGCCGAGUUCCUCGUCGACUCGAUCAACGGUAUGGUCGAGUCCAACCCUUCCCUGUCCGCCGAGUGGGUCGGUCUGGUCCUUCUCCCCAUUGUCGGCAACGCCGCCGAGCAUUUCACCGCCGUCUCCGUCUCGGUCAAGGACAAGCUCGACCUCUCCGUCUCGGUCGCUGUCGGCUCGUCCAUCCAGGUCGCCCUGUUCUGCAUCCCCUUUGUCGAGCUCAUUGCCUGGUGGAUUGGCAAGCCCAUGACCCUCCUGUUCGACCCCUUCGAGUCGCUUGUCCUCUUCUUCUCCGUCAUCGUCGUCAACCAGACCCUCGCCGACGGCCGCGCAAACUGGAUGGAGGGUGUCGUCCUCGUUCUCCUCUACCUCAUCAUCGCCAUCUCGUUCUGGUACUACCCCGGCACCAGCUCCAUCAUCGCGUGCACUUAA